UCAGAUUUGUGAAUGCGGCAAACAUGAAUGUCCAGCGAAUUGUGCCGCUGUGACUGUAUUUCAGCCAAAACAGUUUCAAAGACACCACUGGGCUUAAAUGGCCAAGCACAUGCUUCAGUAUCAUUGAUUCUUUUCAUCCCAUGAUACUAGAGGGAGCAGCACACCAGUGUGUUUCCCUCUGCUUGUAGUAGCAUCUUUGGUACGCACAGACGUGUCUUCUGGCUCUGUUUGGUUGUGCAGCUGGUGUCCAAGCUGCUCUCGUUUCUGUCUCUCUUUCAGUCAGAGCAGUUUCUCAUUGAGAACUAUUCCCCCCUCCUGCCCACCAAUCCAAAACCCUUUGAGGUCUUCUACUGGAAUGUCAUUGACAACAGAGAAAUGAAGCUCCCCCAGCUGGAUGUAGACUUGGAGAGAGCAGCUUCUGACAGCUACAAUCCUGUGGUGAGGACUGUGGGCCUGCAGAGUGGGGGAGCCAUCCAGAUCCUGCCCUCUCACUGCUCCCGAGGCUGUGGCCAAGGGGAAAUGCAAAAGCUGCACCCGGAUUUGCCUCAGCACUGCUGUUAUGCAUGUGAGGUUUGCAGCCAUGGGACUUACAGCAACGGGACAGGCAGCAAGAGGCGAAGGGCUUUGGAAGGAAGUUCAGCUGACGUCCGCUGGAGCUCAGUAAAAAUGUCUCGCUUUUUAGCAGGCUACUCUUUGCUGUGUGCCUGGCUGCUUUACCCUCUUUGCUGCUCUGCCCCAACAGAGAUCAGCACCACCGCACCAGGGAACUGUGGCCCCAGCCAGUUCCUUGACACCCAGGUGUUUCAGUGCAGCCCGUGUGGGGAGCCCCUGGUGAAAAGCCCUACAGGCCUGCGAUGUGUCUGUGCUGACAGCCGGAACGUGACAGGCCAGGCGGCGGAGUGCAAUGCUUGUAGUUCCCGGGAGCCUGCCUCGCUCUGGGAGGCCACCUUCCUUGAUAGCAGUUUUCUGGCUUGUAAUAACUCUUGCAACCUGACUGCCUGUGAGCUCCUGACCAACACGGUCAUUCUGAACGCCUUCUCCUUGGAAACCCGGGCCUACGACCUGUAUGCAAAGGCAAAAAACCAGAACCUUCCGAAGCUGUUUUAUAGCAACACAGGGCUGCCUCCGCUCUCCUUUGGGAAGAACUCCAAGAUCAAUUUUAAGCUUGUAAAGUACGAUGCCCGAGGAAACUUCUUAGGCUGGGAGGACGUGACAGGUGGCACUUUGCAGCUCUGUGCAGACCGUCAGAGUGUACUCGAUGCUGCCUACUCCUUUGGGACAUCCUACCAACAGUCUUGCACUGUACAGGUGUCCAACCUGCUGCGACGAGUCCCCGAGCCCAUCUUUUACGAGAUGUUCCUGCAGUUCUCCAAUGACAAGGAGAACUGGCUGUGGCCAGUCCCUGUAGCAAAUCCCCAGCUGCAGCUGAACAGCCCGGCCUCCCUGAGGUCUGAGAGGCUAAGAAGAUUCUUUCUAGUCGAUGGGCUCUCGGGCAGGCAAGGGAACCUGUCCAAUCAACCAGCAUCUGUCACGUUGGCAGCAGGGCUGCUCCUAAGUGUUGACUUGCCAACCAGUAGCCCAGGAGACCAGUCUGCUUUCCUGUUGACAGUGAAGUAUGCAAAGCAAGAUAGCACUGCAACAACGCAGGUAUCGUUUGCAGUGUCAUACACACAUCGCCCUGGAACGUCUCCACGAGACACAGAUGUGAGUAGUAAUCAUUCGCACAUGCUGCUCCAUGGGCCACAGGUCAUCCAGCUGCUGGAAACACUUGCCAUCCUGGGUUCUUUGGCAGCCUUGUACGCCUUGCUGAAGACCAGCAGCUGGGUGCGGAGGUCUAGACUUCAGAAUAUAAGCUUUAUAAUUUUUGUCAAGUUCUUUGCCUUCUUUGCCGGGGCCCUGGCUAACGCCUUCUUCAUGGUUGCCCUUGGGACGGGGAUUUAUUGGCUCAUUGUUUUCAAGGGUCAGCAGUCUUCAGCGGUUGAGGUUAUGGUGCCCCUGGCAGGCAGUCAAAUUGAAACCAACUUUAUUAUCUACUUGUCCUGUGCUUUUGUGUUAAAGGCUGUGGACUUGCUUCAUCUCCUGAUCACCCAGGUGACAAUCUCCAUCUUCCUGAUAGACUGGGAAAAGCCAAAGGAGAAACCAGCAUUUAAAGCACCGGCAGGAGGGCAGAGGGCCAUUUCCUCUGUGAGUAUUUGGAGAACUUUCUUGAUAGCCAAUGAGUGGAAUGAGAUUCAGACUCAUAGGAAAUUGAAUCCAUCGCUUCAGCUGUUCACAGUGUUACUGCUCCUGGAGGUUGUGGGCUUGAAGAACAUCACAUCACGAGACCUGAACCUGGAUCUGCACCCUGGCGCUGACGCCUACCUGGCUGCCUGGAGCCCAAUCCUUAGAUUUGGGAUUGCUGCUUCUCUCUGGCUGGCCCUGGGGAUUGCACAGGUGGCGUUUUUCACAGGCAUCUACGAGCAGUUUGUGGAGGACAAGAUUCAUCAGUUCAUAGAUCUCUGUUCCAUGAGCAACGUGUCUGUGUUCAUCCUGAUGCACGGAUGCUAUGGCUUCUAUGUCCAUGGGCGGAGCGUGCACGGCCAUGCGGAUGUGGGCAUGGAUGCCAUGCAUGCCUGCCUCAGGAAAGAGGAGGAGAACCUGUGCCCUCUAAGAGGCCUGGAGGCCAACUCUGACAUUCAGACCUUCGAGGUGCUUCUCACGGACAGAGCCAGGCAGCUGUAUGACAAGAUAACGCAGCCCUUGAUGGAGGGCCCGAGAGGCGAGAGAGUCAGGGUCAACUUACAUGAGCAAAGACUAAGGAGUUAUUACACCUUGAAUCGAUUUCUCAGCUCGUUCCUUGAACAUACAUACAGAGAUAUGGACUACGUCGUGAAGGACAAGUUCUUCCUGGAGCGUUUUAUGGACAUGGAGUUCCAGGAGCCGGUAGACAUGUCCAUUCUGUACACAGGCUGUGCCUGCAGCUUGUUUUCAUGCGGCUAGACAUGGAGGCUCUCCGGCGCUGCUGCUGUCUUUCCUGAAGUGCGGCGGUAACGUUUGAUCCUCAGGCAGGUGGCGAUGCAGGUAAUGAAUGUGACGCUCACACUAACACUAUUGCCAGAGACAAGCACUUGCAAUGCGCUGCAGCCACGAUAAACACUAUUUCAGACUAUGGAAGGAGAGCAGGAGCACUAGGAGGCCCUCCUCACCGCAAGGGAGAGCAGGCAGAAUGUACGGUGAAUAGGUCUGGCCAAGCACUUUGCUUGUUACAAAUCCAACCAAGGCCUGCUCUGCCUAGCCCUGAGCCCUUGCAGGAGUGCCAGUGAUGCAGUAGAUCUUUCUGACAACUGUCCUGGCCUGGCCUCCUAGAUUUCAUCUCUCGCAGCCAAUCACAGAUCUUUGCCAGGUGACCCUCUUUAGCAGAAGUAGAAGAGUUGCUGUUGCCACGAUGAUCCAUUGAACCGUCCUCUUCUCUAAUAUAAGUUAAAUAUGCCUGAAAUAUGAGUGCGGAUGUUGCUAAAUGCUGCAUGAUGACUGUGUCAAUAGCCCAUCGAUCCCUCAGCUCUGGGCUUGAGAUCUUGCCACCCUAAGCACUUAAUGCAAAUGCAGUAGCUCGUAGUGUCAGGAACUAUAGAGACGAAGCACCAUGGAGUGAAUAAGGGCAGCCCUGAAUGCAGAGAACUGUAGCACGUGAACCGGCCAUUCAGAUACUUGACUGGCCCCAUAGCCUCUCAUGGUUGUGUUAGGAACAAGCUCAGAUCGGCAAGCAAGCCUGUUGCAGCAAAAGGAUGCCCUGCUGCUGUAUGCAGUAUUGUAUCAGAGAGCCCUAGUGGUUUCUAAAGAUCCCUGGAGGAGGAGGAAGGUGCAGUAUGUAAGACAGAAUGAGUCCGCAUUGCUCUCCUCUAGCAUGCUUCUCUAAGCUGUACCCUGGUAACUAGUAAAGCCAGAUGUAAAAGUCUAAUUGUUAUUGGUCCCAACUAACAGCCGUGUUGCAUGCUAUGAUAAGGGAGGAAAGGUCAAAGCUGUGCAGAGUGCAUGCGACAGAGAUGCGCGAGCAAGGGGGCAGGUCACAGAGAAGCCAUGGAAUGGGGCGGAAACUUUCUUUCUCCUGAGUUUUGCUUACCUGGCUGCUCCCAGCGGCAAAUGAACAGCCAGCGUCUCCAACGCUGCCGAGUGCUUAAUUUGUGCAUGCAGCCGGGCAAGUGGCGCUUUGGCCCAUGUAACUGUUGGCUUUGCAGGCACACGGGCAGCAAUGGAGGUCAAGAAUUUUCAAAGUGGAGCCUCACAUCUGGCUUCUAAAGCCACAGUGAGGUGCCUAAGUAAGUAGCCUGGUUGGUCAAAGGGCGGGCAGGGCAGCUGGCAGCUCCCAAUGAGCUGUGCCAUUGUACGUAGGUUGAGGACCUACUCCACUGUUGGCUAGUGUCCUUUGCUCUACAGUACCCUGGGGAAAAGGUGCCAUCCCUGCAAAAGAGGCACCAUUGCAGGACCUUCUCCAGGUCCUAGAUCCCUGCUUUGACACCAGCUUUUCCUUAGCCAGGUUCCUGCUGCACCAGGAAGCUAGUCGGGGCAGGUGUUCCUGACCUAUUGCUAUUAGCUGGGCAAGGAUUCAGAGCUGGAGCCUUGCUCUGAGAAGCUGUAAACUGCAGGGAAAAGGGGAGACAUCCACGAUGAGACGCUGAAUGGAGACAUUUCUCAAUGGGGCUCAGGUGGUUGGAGUCAGAGCUGUGUUGGCAGAGCACCAAGUGAAGAAGCUUGCAGUAACUGCAGCCUCUCUAACUCCGCUUUAGUGCUCCAUGGUGUGUCCCCUCCCUUUCCUUCUUGAUUCUUUUCCUAACUGUAAAUGCACCGUAAAAAUGGAUCAAAAUUGCUUAAACCACCAUCAUUAAAUCAGUAUGGGCCCCCUCCCAUCUCGGUGGACAAUGGCUGACGCAAAGCAUUUGUUCCAUAGACCGAGCAGCAGUCUUUAUUGCACUGAAAGCAUAUUUGCUGCUUGAUGGAAGGAGAAAAAAAAUGUGUGCCUGAAAGGGAAAAAUCAAUGGGGCUCAUUUCUCCCUGGAUGCGUCGUGCUGGGCCAUUCAGCUAGCUGACAUCACAGGAGGCCAGGCGCAUGCAGCCUGAGGCCGUAUCCCAAAAGGAUCUCUGGCGCAGUCCUGCAGGCACUGUGGAAAUGUUGCAGCAGUGGGGAAAGCCAGCAGCUGCCUGCUCUCCUCUCACCAGCUGGUGGUGCUGUGACUACCCUGUCUGGAACUGAGGGAUCUGUGGUUGCCGUAACUGCAGUAACUCAGUUUGAGCCCAAGCCUCUUUCUGUCUACACACAAAUCAGCCGGACUAGGAUCAGGAAGCACUCAGGACCCACAUCCCUGCUAGGGGGGUGGGUCAGAGCCUGAGUCCUGCUGUGAUUUGGAUCCAAGCCCCGUCGUUUGGCAGCGAGGAUGCAGCUCAGACCACAGAGCCGAGCCAGAGGGUCUGGGUAGUGCAGUAUGGAUGUGUUUGCAUGGCUGUGAGAGCCAGGUUCAGAUUUACAAUGCAGCGUGGAGACUCAAGCGUGGGCUGGGAAACACUGAGCCACAAGCCUGGGUCCUAUAGGGUCAGGUUUGCAAUGCAGUGUAAACAUACCCCUGGGAGCCCCUAAUGCAGAACUACGCUGUCCUGCUGGAAGCCCCCCUGAGUCACAAAUGAAAGGGCUACUGCGAGAGGAAAGAAUGGUCCAGUGGUCAGGGUGCUCUUUUCUCUGCCCUAAACUUCCUAUGUGAUUCUGUGCCUCAGUUCCUGAUCU